AGAAGAUCCAAAUCUCAGACUAAUUCUGUAUUAUAUAAUAAUGAGCUCCACUCUUAUAUAUCUGAUUUAACACCUAUUAAUAACUCUAUAGAAAAAAUAAGUAGUGAAGAUCUGGAUGCAUUAUAUGAAAAAGAAGCCAGAAGAGAUAAGAAAAAUAAAGCAAAUAUGACUCGUUUAUUAGCUACUACUUAG